AUGCCUCCUCCUCCGCCUCCUCCUCCGCCGCCGCCGCCUAUGCCAGGGCGGUCUGCCGGCGGUGGACCUCCCAGAGCCGCUCCGGCUUCUCUCCUUACAGACAUCUCCAAGGGCACUCGACUCAAGAAGACCGUUACAAAUGACAGAUCAGCACCUAUCGUUGGAAAGCCGUCCGGAGGCUCUGGAGGCCCUCCCCUCGCCGGUGCCCCUCCCGUUCCUGGCAUGGCACCCAAACCUCCAGGCGGCCUAGCUCCUCCAGUCCCUGGCGGUGCUGCAAACAGGCUUAGAAGCAAUAGUGAAGGCAAGGAACAUGCCGGAGGAGACGACGGUGUUUCCUCGGCUCCACAGCUAGGCGGACUCUUUGCUGGCGGGAUGCCGAAGCUGAAGAAGCGCGGUGGAAUCGAUACUGGCGCAACUUCGAACGCAACUUACCUGUCAGACUCGGAAGCGCAGAACAGUUCCAGGAUAUCACCCCCCACAGGAUCUGCUCCCAAACCUCCAACUCCAUCCAACAAGGCUCCUAGCUUUAGACCACCUCCUCCACCAUCUACAGAUGCUCCAACGCAGCCUCCUGUGAACCCGCUAGUAGCGAAUCUCCGCAAACCACCACCCCGGCCAGCUCAAAGGCCAUCAUCUUCAAUAUCACUACAGUCGUCGAAAGCUGCACCAGACGUACCACCGCCUCGCGCACCGCCUCCGGUUCCAGGUGCCAGCAGGCUCCCACCACCCCCGCCUGCUCCUCCAGCGUCGAGAAAGGUCUCAGCACCUCCCGCUCCUCCGCCCCCGCCACCGUCGUCCACAGCUUCUACUCAUCCACCACCCUCAGUACCGCCUCCUCCAACAUCUACGGCCCCAAGACCGCCGCCACUACCUCCAUCUGCAUCUCCCGGCGCAAAUGGAACUCAAGCAUCGUCGAUAGCAAUGCAGGCUGCGCGCAAUGCAUACGGAUCUCCUCACGCACCUCCUCCACCACCACCAUCUGCCCCAGCAUCCCAACCACCCCUUCCACCAACUUCGCCUCCUUCAUCAGCACGGACAUCCUCCCUUAUAUCAACUCCUCUUUCCUCGCGCCCUUCCUCAUUUUCAGAUAAUCAACACAGUGCUCCACACCACCAGCUCCCUGUCCGGUCGAUGCUUGAUCCCAGCUCUUAUACACUCACGAAUGGCGGCUCACUGCGGCACGGAGCCUCCAAAGGCUCCACUUCUAACACAAAGGUCCGGAUUGAAGACCCUCGAUUCAAGUUCCAAAAUGAAUCACAGUUCCCGAAACCGAGAGAGUUUACCGGCGGCCAGAGAAUGUAUAGGGCCGGACGAGGUAGCAGUGUUCCUUUAGAUUUAACGUCUUUGGGAUGA